GUUGUCAGUUGUCACUAAGCCAAACCACUACCAGUUUCCUACUGUUAACGCCCUUUUUUUCUUCUUUCUAACUUCCUAGCUUAUGCAGGAAUAAAUUAAGGCUACUAAAGCUAUAUUCUUCAGUCAUUUUCAAUGAAGAUCUUUCAUGGGUUUUCAACCAUUUUCCUGACCCUGCUCAUUUUCACCAUGAAUGUGGAAGGAAGAUAUCUUUUCCACAAGAACCAAAACAAAGGGUCAUCGUCUUUAAACUCUGUUUCAUCAUGUGUUUUUGACGUGAAGACUUAUGGUGCCAUUGGAAAUGGUUCCACAGAUGACACUCCUGCUUUCGUUGCUGCUUGGAAGGCAGCUUGUGCAGUAGAAUCUGCUACUCUUUUAGUACCCUUCGGUUUCACUUUCAUGAUAACUUCCACACUAUUCUCUGGACCUUGCAAACCAGGCCUUGUGUUUCAAGUAGAUGGGAUCCUAACACCAGCUGUUGGACCAGAUAACUGGCCAAAGAAAGAUAGCAGAAGACAAUGGCUUGUGUUCUAUGAACUUGAUAACAUGAGUUUGACUGGAACUGGUACCAUUGAUGGCAAUGGCCAACAAUGGUGGGACCUCCCCUGCAAACCUCAUCGGGGUUCUGGUGGAAAAACAUUCCCUGGACCAUGUGAUAGCCCUACAUUAAUUCGGUUCUUUAUGAGCUCAAAUUUGCGUUUGAGUGGACUACGAAUACAAAAUAGUCCAAUGUUCCAUGUGAAGUUUGAUGGAUGUGAAGGGGUAAUGAUAGAUAAAGUGUUCAUUUCUUCUCCUAAGCUUAGUCCGAACACCGAUGGGAUCCAUAUCCAGAACACAAAGUCUGUUGGCAUUUACAACUCAACGAUAGGCAAUGGGGAUGAUUGCAUUUCAAUAGGACCGGGUUGUGUGAAUGUUGAUAUAGACGGUGUUAUCUGUGGACCUAGCCAUGGGAUCAGUAUUGGAAGCCUCGGUGUUCGCAACUCUCAGGCAUGUGUUUCCAACAUAACAGUACGCAACGUGGUAAUACGUGAUUCCGACAACGGAGUUAGAAUCAAGACAUGGCAAGGUGGGGCCGGAUCUGUAACAGGGAUAGCUUUCGAGAACAUUCAGAUGGAGAAUGUGAGGAAUUGCGCCAUUAUAGACCAGUACUACUGUACAAACAAGAAAUGUGUUAAUCAAACGUCAGCUGUGUAUGUUAGAGACAUAUCUUUCAGAAACAUAAAGGGGACAUACGAUGUGAGAAGCCCUCCGAUUCAUUUUGCUUGCAGUGAUAGUGUUGCUUGUGCCAAUAUAACAAUGUCGGAUGUGGAGCUGUUUCCGUUUGCAGGGGAAUUGAUUGAUGAUCCAUUUUGUUGGAAUGCUUAUGGGGUACAGGAGACUCUGACAAUCCCUCCGAUUAAUUGUUUACUGGAUGGUAUGCCACAUUUGGCGUCAGAGGAAAACGUAUAUAGGUGCAUUUGAUGGACAUUUGGAUUGGGUAUAAGUUUUUCUGGGUAUUGUAGUUGAGAAUUAUGCAUAAAGUUAAUUAAUACUGUAUAGAACCCGAUAGCAAUAUAUAAGUAUAAUUAUAUUGUUUAAUUGUUUAAAUACUAUUAUAUUGAUCGAAGUCAGAAGAAGUUAUUUAAGAAUUUCUCGA